UUAUCCUGGCUGGUUUGUUUUGAAUAACGCGAAGGUUUCUGGUCUCAUCUGGCGUGUCUGUUUUUCCAUCUAUUAUUAUCCCAUCCCUCUCGCAGCGCAUCUCCAGCCUCUUCCUGUAUCAUCUCUCCCUCGGUGUCUCGAUGCGCGCUCCUGCCUCCAGCUGCCAACGUCUCCUGCCCUGCCUCUGCCCGCCUGGCAGGCGCAGGUCUCCGGGUCUGUAGGUUGCGGCUUUCUUGUUGCUUUUCCUACGGUUGGUGGAUCCCUGCUCGCGGCUGUAGUAACAAGUCGCUUACAACCAGGUGACUGAAGGGGAGAUAAAAAUGAGGAAGCGAAGCUCGCGGGGGAUUUCUUGGCGUUCGGAGGCGAUGCUUGGGUCACUCCUGGCAUCAGGCAGCCUUGCCAGGGUGGCUCCCAGUGACCCAGCACCGUGUAAGGGUCUCUCUGGUUUCAUUUUGCUGCUCUAAGUCUUUAAUUCUUCCCGUUAUUUAUCAAACCCUACGCUAGAGAGUAGGUUUCUUCAUCGCUCUCUUUUUUUUGGGGGGAGAUAAAGGGCGUUGACAUCCUUAUGCCUGCUCCCAAGAUUAAUAUAAACACUUCUGCUUGCUGGCAAGAACAGUUUCCAGUGGGCCAGAGCAGGUUCAAACGGGCAAUGCUUUUAUUCUUUGCAGGUGCCUGUUCCUAGGCCCGUGCAGGUACGGAGUCGGGACGUGGGAUGUGUUCGCUGCUGCGGCAGGGGAGCGGGCACGUAGCGUCGUCUUGUAGAGUCAGAACGUGUUAGAAAAGUCUCAGAGAGGGCACUGCUGGCGUGUUUGAAAACCACAACCGUCUAUUUAGGUCCUGUAAGAGUCCUUCAGGAUAUAAUAAUUCCUAAGGAGCGUAGCAGUGCGUAGUGGACGUUCUUCAACCCUCUUUUUAAAGGCUGCUCCUAAGCCUGGCCGUAGUGGGGUGUUUUGGUGGGCUUUGAUUUCUUAAAUGGAAACAAACCACUGCAGGGGAUCAUCUAGUCUCGUUCCGUGCAAUCACACACUGGGUUUGGUAUCUCUUUGUACCGCUUGAAUAUCCGCAAAACCAAAGUUACCUUUUGAAAUGAUUGUACAGUUAAAUAAAGAACCCUGUUUUGUUUUUUUUUUUUAAACUUGUAUCAUAGCUACAGAUUCGGGCUGGCUUGUAAAAUUAUCAGUGCUAUUUCUCUGAUGAUGGUUAGAAAUCUUACCUUUCCAGUAAAAAACUAAAAAUGUCAUUGAAAAUUAAGACUCUAACAGGAUAGUUAAGAACAUUUCCAAACCGUAUUUUCAGCUCUGCCUUACUUAUGUUUUGCAUUUUCCCUUGUUUUCUUCCUUUUUGAAGCAGUGGGCACAGAAGCUCGGGCUGGCUCCAGCUGAGUGCUUGCUUUUGGCCCCAAGCCCACUGCUAAAGAUGGACCCAAGGCUCCUCUGUCGUUGCUUUCAUGUAGUUUCUAUUUUCUUAUGUGUAUGCCUUGGCUCAUCUUGCAGUCAGCUCUUUUGGUUUAACUCUACAAUUGCAUUCGUUUUCCUGGCUGAUGUGGAAUAAUAGACAUCAGAGGGAUGGAGAGAACCUAUUGCGGGUUGUGUUCGGUCCACCCCCCAGGGAACAUCACAGGAUUGCUUCCAGCAGGAUAUUUUCAGAUGCUUUGUCCAACCUAGUUUCAGAUGUCUCAAGUGACUGGGAUUCCAUUCCAACCGUCAGCUCGCGUUUGAAGGAGGAAUAAGGAAGAAAUAAUUUGUUCUUUCCUAGGAGACUCAUACCCUCGUCUGAGAUGCAUACCCUUACUCCUUACUGCCAUCCUUACCGGCCUCUGUGGCUUUAAACCCACCUGCGUGGUAGCUAAAAGCCCCCUCAGGGUCAGAAAUGCUUCCUUUGGGACUCCCAAAGACCAUCCUUGGAUGGUCAGAGGGAGAAGACCCCUGAAAAAGGUGAACUGCCUUCAAGCAGCAUUGCCCCAUCAGAGAAGGGAGCUAAUUUUAAAGAACUGGGAGCUGCAGCUUGCAGAGGGAGACCCUGAGAGCGUCAGUAGCGAUGUAGAACGCAAGAGGGACGCAUGGUCUAGCUGGGUAAAACCAGCAGUUUUGUUGGGUGAGCACCUGGAGACUUGUUUAGGACCAGAACCAUGUUCCUGGUCCUAAAACCCCUGAAUUCAGUGAUCCUGAGAGCACGGUGCGAAAGGCUGCGGCUGGACGUGACGUACAGACCUGAGGGCGUGCAGGAUAAAUGGGAGUUUCUCCUGGUGUCUUGUCUGAAUUCUUUCCUCCUCCGUGAUGCUGAGAUUUUUAUCUUAGUCCUGUUUAUGGUUAAGGUGCUUCAUAGCCAUCCAUUUCAUAAUUUUAUAUUUAGAUCACUAGUAGUGAUGCUUGAAAAGUUAAGGGAUAAGAAAUUGCUCCGUUUCUGUUUGCUAGACCAGAAUUAGACGCAGUUUAUGAAGCACUCGAUUUCCACUUAGGCCAGAUUUUCAUUGGAAUUUUUCACACCGGGCAUGAGCUUCUUUGAAAGCUUCAAUAAAUGUGUAACGCUGGACCUCUUGCAAAAGGCUGUCUGCUGUCGGUGGAUAUGGAAACUGGAAAGGGGAAUAAAAACGCUGCGUGGAUGCAGCGUUUGGUUUUGUCACCCACCUCCGAGUGAUAACAGCUCUGGCAAACUUUUAUAUACACCUGAGAAGUGAAACAGUCAGUUUAAAGAUGGUCUAAUGAACUCUCUUUGCUUUCCUUCCAGCUUGCUAUGGAAUUGUCCAGGUUCCUACCGGACCCUGGUUCUGUCGGAAAUGUGAAUCUCAAGAGAGAGCCGCCAGGGUGAGAUGUGAACUGUGUCCCCACAAAGAUGGAGCCCUGAAACGGACCGACAACGGAGGGUGGGCCCACGUUGUCUGUGCUUUGUACAUCCCAGAGGUGCAGUUUGCCAACGUGCUCACCAUGGAGCCAAUCGUCCUGCAGUAUGUACCCCACGACCGCUUCAACAAGACCUGCUACAUCUGUGAAGAGCAGGGCAGGGAGAGCAAAGCAGCCUCUGGAGCGUGCAUGGCCUGUAACCGACACGGCUGCCGGCAAGCUUUCCACGUCACCUGUGCCCAGAUGGCCGGCCUCUUAUGUGAAGAGGAAGUGCUGGAAGUCGACAAUGUCAAAUACUGUGGCUACUGCAAGUACCACUUCAAUAAAAUGAAGACCUCACGUCACUCUGGAGGGAGCUCCUUCAUUGCUGGAAGAAGGAGUCGAUCCACAUCCCCUGCUCAAGAGAAGCAUGUAUCCCACCACGAAAGGCCAAAGAAGAGUCGGAAGGACAAAGAAAGACCUAAACAGAAGCACAAAAAACGUCCGGAGUCUCCCACCAGCCUUACCCCAUCCUCCGUGCCCGUCGCUGCAGAGAAGGGCUCUACCAGCCACCAUGAGGGGAGCAAAGAGACCUCGGAGGUCGGCAGGUCGGAGGUGAAAGGCAGGAAGUCCUCAAGCCAUGGCAGCAGCCACAAAGGGAAAAAGACGGGAAGCGGGAAAAGCUCCGUCGGCUUCAGCUCAGCUUCAUCCAGCGGGACCUUUCAGCCUGCAGGUACCUCCUGCAGCAAUUUGCAGUGCUCCCAGGACUUUGUGACAUUCCCCAAGCUCGAGCAGGACGACGAGAAGUACCGGAAGCCUGUCUCUUCCUCUUCUUCUUCCCACUGCUCCCCUCUGUAUGAAGGCCAGAAGGGGGACAUCUUUGAGCAGAAGGUGAUCUUCUCAGGCUUUGGGUCCAUCAUGCGCUUCUCCACCUCCGCGGUGAGCCAGCAGAGAGGCCGUGAUGCUUCCCCCGUGGACUAUAAGGCCUCAAACCCUGUCAGCGGCCCUUCGGUGGGGACCGGUGGGACCAGUGGUGGCAGCAGCAGCCACAAGCGCAUGCCGUCCCUCAGCAUGGAGGAGGGAGAGGUGCUGAAGGAAAAGAAGCACAAGGGUAGCAAGAAGAACAAGCAUGGGCCUGGCAGGCCAAAAGGGGGCAAAAGCAAAGAGAUUUUGGGUGCCCAGCUGGCUGGGUCCACAUCUACUUCCUCGUCACCCUUCUCCGGGGGCUCUCUUGUCAGCUCCAGCAUCGGCAACUCUUCACGGUCCUUCAGCCACACGGGGAAUCUGCCCAGCCUCAGCAUGGAGUCCCCGCUGCUGGGUUCAGGGAUCUACACCAGUAACAAGGACCCUAUUUCCCACGGGGGCGGAGUGCUCCGAGCUGUGUGCAGUACACCCCUCUCUUCCAGCCUGCUGGCACACCAGGGUACGUCGUCUCUCCCACAGCUCAACCGGUCUCCCUUUGCUAGCACCAUCCCAGCUUCCUCCUCCUCCGUCUCCACCACGCAGGUGUUCUCCCUGGCAGGUUCAACAUUUAGCCUCCCUUCCUCACAUAUUUUUGGAAGCCCCCUCGCAUCUGGGCUAUCAAUCAACCCACUCUUAAAUCAGUCGGAAAGCAGCCGGGCAGAGCCUGACCUGGAGGACUGCAGUUUUGGCUGCCGAGGGACGUCGCCCCAGGAGAGUCUCUCUUCCAUGUCCCCCAUCAGCAGCCUGCCGACCCUCUUCGACCAGACGGUGUCCUGUAGCAGCAGCGGGCAGCUGGAGAAUGUUCCCCAGGCGACCCCAAACAUUGAGCAGCUCCUGGAGAAGCAGGGCAACGGGGAAGCUGGCGUAAACAUUGUAGAAAUGCUCAAAGCCCUGCACUCGCUGCAGAAGGAGAACCAGCGCCUCCAGGAGCAGAUCAUGACGCUGACGGCCAAGAAGGAGCGUUUGCAGCUCCUCAACGUCCAGCUCUCUGUCCCUUUCCCCGUGGUGACCAGCAGCAACGGCCCAGGCAGCCAAGCCCAGUACAUUCUGCCUCCCAAUGUCUGCAACAACGAUUCCCUGAGCAUCAGCAAGAGCCCCCCAUGCAAGAACAGCUUUGGGAUCGAGAACUCGCUCUCCACUUCCUCUGAGGACCCUCAUUCAGGUUGCCCCAGCAGGAGCAGCUCCUCCCUGUCCUUCCACAGCACUCCUCCACCCCUGCCCAUGCUGCAGCAGAGUCCUGCCUCGCUACCCCUGCCCGGGGUGCAGCAGGUGAAUGGCCUGGCCAGGGUGGCAGGCAGCGGGCUGGGGGGAGGCACCACUGCCAGCCACAGCCUCUCCACGGUGCCCAUGGUGGACGGCCUGAUGGGGACCCUGGCAGGAGGCCAGCAGAUGCCCAUCAACGGGAUCCUGGGGAAUCUGAACGGAGCUCAGGCCGCCCAGCCUCCGAGCGCGCUGACGCAGGCGAGCGGGCCGCCGACCUUGCAGCUCUCCACCAGCCUGAGCAGCGUGCCCAGCCUGAGUCCCCUGACAGAGCAGCAGCGGCACGUCCUGCACCAACACGAACAACAGCUCCAGCAGCUUCAGCAGCUCCUGACUUCCCAGCCGCUUAAUCCGGAGCAGCAGGCCCUGGUGUUCCAGAUGAUGCAGCAAAUCCAGCAGAAGAGGGAGCUGCAGCGGCUGCAGAUGACCAGCUCGUCCCAGCUGUCCAUGACCAGCCUCCUGGCAGCCACCUCCGCCCCCCUGCACUCCAGCACCAGCGCCCUGAUGACCUCGGCCCCCCCGCCGCCCCCCAGCAGCAGCUCUCUCAUGGCCUCCCUCUCCCCCCAGCAGCUCAACCCUAGCAAUGCCCUCCUGGCCCCCCAGGCCACCCCACCGCUCAGCGCUCCUGGGAGCAACCUCCUGGCUUCGGGGACGGGCAUCCCGCCCGUCCUUACAGCACAGACUAACCCGUUUCUCAACCUGCAGGCUGAUGGCAACACCCCGAAAGGAACGAGCAUGAAUGAAAAGGGAGCUCCUCUUACCCAGGACAAGGGCUAAGCUCCCCCCCUCACCCCGAACAAACCAGCAGCCAACUCCUCUCAGCCAGGGGAAUAUGGCUUUCCACAGUCAACUUUGAUACUGUUAGAGCAAUGAGCACAAGGCUUCCAAGAAGCAUUUCCUGCCGCUGGGCAAUGCCAAGAGGUGCUUUGGAAGACAGUACAUCUCUGCCCAAGCCCUGGUAUCGGGAGGAGCGAAGGCGGGGGGCUGCCUGCCGCCCUGGUCCGUGCCACACGCGCUCCAAACGAAGCUGCGUUUCCAGGCAGAGUGGAGGAGAGAGUUAACACCCGAUGGCUGCCAGCCUCCUCCCUGCCCUGAGUGUGUUCAGGUGUGUGUAACCCCCCCCCAGGCCGAGGCACUAGAGACCACCGGGCAUCCUUGGCCGAGACCUUGGCGGAGGGAGGCCCCUCUGCUGAGGACUUUCUGCCCCAUGCAGAGGAUUCUGGCGGUGCCCUUGGAGGCAGCACUGGCUUGUGACACAGCUGGGCGAGCGGGACGUGGUGCCUGCGUGGUUUGCUUCGCCCGGAUGGGGAGGUUAAGAAGUCGUCCUGUGGCUGAGAUUUCUCACCUGCUUUUCAUCUGCUGGGCUCUUGGGAUGCUCUUCUCUCUGUAGCCACCGUACGAAGCCCCGGCUCAGGUGGAUCCAAACCCAGCCAGAAAAGACACGAGUGGUGGAGCGAUGGGUGAGGACCGGUGCUGGGGGAGGAGGUGAAAGCUUCCUCAGAGGACGUUGCCACAUCUGCUCCGCCAGCUGCUGUCGGGUCGGUGCUGUACUUUUCCCGUGAAAAAGCACACUCCUGCUCCUUGUGCCAUCUCUCUUUCCUUCCAAGAUUUCCAAAGGCUAAAACUUCAGCUUGCAAAAAGGGGCUGUAGCCAGUAUUACCCCUGUCGUAGCCAACUUCCCAAGGUGCAUUUGAACCUGGCAGUUGUUUCCCAGGCCUGAGCUGGCAGCUAGAAAUGUGUGUGGGGAAGAGAGAAUCCCCAAUCCGGUACCUGUUCUUUCUCACCCACCACAAAUCGCUCCAGUCCGGCCAAACCACGUUCUUCCACGGGUCUUGGGCACUUCAGAAGAGGGAUCUCCAAGCAAUGGGACAGUUACAAGUCUCCUGAGCUAGGACAUUGGACCCUUCGUUGUUUUCCACCUUUUGACCUUAACUCCGUCUUGCAGCCUGGAACUUCAGCACAGAAAUCGGCUUCCUCUGAGCUCGGAUGCGAUGGAUUGAUUGAAGGACAGGUGGGGCAACUCUGGGGAAGGGGGAACAUCUACGUCAAACGUACAAACGCCCCUUCUUUUCCUCAUCCCCUGGUUAAAUCCAGAGCUCCUGGGGGCAGGCGGGAAGACUCCAGCUAAUAGAAACUCUGAGGGUCUUAAAAAAAAAAAAAAAAAAAAAAAUUCAGACCUUAAUGGAUAUUUUUCAGCACAUUCCCGCUGCCUCUAACUAGUUUGCACUAUUCAAAUUUGUCGGCAGUGGGUCUGUGCUGAUAGUACUAGAAAAGCUUGUUGUAGGCAAAACUCAUCGGCUAAAUAUCUUUCUUCCUUUUAAUUUUAUUUUAUUUCUUUUUAUUUGUUUGGAAGAAUGUCACCACAAUGGUUGAAUAAGGCUAAAAGGAGAGAAAAUACCUUUCUGAUGUCAGCCUCCAGUUCUGUGAACUGGGCAGAACACUGCUGUCUGCUCAGAAAUAUAUAUAUAUUAUAUAUAUAUAAUUUUUUUUUUAUAAAGAAAAACUGUUUUAACAAGGUUAAGAAGCUAUUGGAAAGAUGGAGAUGGCAGCUAAAAGUGAAAAUGCAGGAAAAAAAAAAAAAAAAGUCUCCCUUCCUUGCUUGCAGUCUCUGCAGCACAGACCGAGAGGAGCACUGAGCCGAGACGGUCCCUGUCCCCUGCCACCUCCCGAGGACGUCCCGGGCUGAGCUGUGCCACCCUCCAUCCGCCUGGGACAAACUGUGAAUGACAUCUUUCACUUGCAAAAAGGUUUAAUUUUGGCUCCCUAUCCCCAAAAUUGCUCUGGCACAAUUGUGUGCUUGCACUUUUUUUUUUUUUUUUUUUUUUUUUUUUUUUUUUUAAUUUUUUUACUCUUAAGGUCCCAAAUUCGCGUUGCCACCUGUUUUGCUGUCAUGCUGACCAUCAGCACGGCCUCCAAACCAGUCUGUAACCACAAAGGGCCUGACAUCGUGCCCAGACCUGGUCAGACUCUUCCAAAAUUUAACUACAUUUCACACCCUGGAAUUAGAAACACGCCGGUACCAGGAAGAGGGAACGGGAAGGAGGGAAGGCUGGUUGGCAUCUGUCCCUUCCGUAGCGAGUCAUGGUACGUGCGUUGUCUCGCAGGACAAACAAAAACCAGCAGUGGUUUGGUGCCCAAACCCCUGGGCAACAACAGAAAACUUUUCAGGGGUCGGUGAGAGGUCCUUCCUGGUGGGUUUGCAGUCAGGAGGCUGAAACGUGCCCGCACGGGGCUCUGCCCUGCUCCUGGGAGGGAAUUUGGGAGCCCGCGUGUCACAAAUCAAGGCCGGAAUUGAAGGAGGGGGUGUUGCAGGCUGGGUUGCCGGCGGGAGCAGUGCGGGCCGAGCUGCGCUGCGUCCCCGUCCUGGCCGUGCCGUUGAGGUUUGUCGGUGGCAGUAGUUUGGGGAUGAAGCCCCUCUGCUCUCCGGGGCUCUCCGGAGCAGGGAGGGACGAGAGAGGUGGAGGGGAAGAGACAUACAGCACUUACACAUUUCUCUGACAUCUUCCAAAGGCGCCCGGUCCCUUUGAAGUGCGCUCCUUGUCUAAUCGCCUCAACCUGUCCCAGAGCCAAAGGUCCCUUUGGCAGAUUGAGGGGAGAGGGGGGGGCACUGCUGGAAGGUCGACAUCAAACGUUUGUAUCUCUGUGAAAAAGAGGGAGAGCAAGGGGAAAGAAAA